AUGGGCAGCGCGGGCGGGGGUGGGGGUUGUGGAGUUGGUGAUCGGGGCAACGGCACUGGUGACGAUCUUGGGAAAAGCUGUGGCGGGAUAAUUCCACGUCUCUACGAAAAGCACUCGACACCGAAAGCCGGCGCGGGCCCUGGCUCGGAUCGCAUCCCUCCCCCCUCGCGACGCGACGGGGUAACUCGAUCCGAGCUCCCUUACCGGGACCAUAUCCGCAGCAGGCGCUCGAUCCGCUGGUUACGCAUCGAGAUACGAAAUCCGGAUAAGGAACAUUGCGCGCGCUCACGACACGAGACGGCGCCGGCCGGCGGCGUCGUUAGGGCUCAACACGAAACACCGCUCAGCUGCAGAGGCGCACUAGAAUUGGAGGUGCGACUGACAGAGUCUCAAGUUAGUGACUAUUAUUUACCAUUCCAUAAGUACAAGAUGUUGACGGCGAGGCUGCGGCUGCUGUGGCUGGCGGCGCUGGCGGCGGCGGCGGUGGCGCCCCUGCGCUCGGGCUUGAGCGCCGCGCCGGGACUGGCGUUCGCGCGGGAGACGGGCUCCCCGGGAGGCCUGGCGGCCGCUUCAGGAGGGGUGAGUUGUCGCAGGGAGAACGAGCGGGCUGGGGUGGGAGGAGAAUGA